AUGGCAGGGUGGUGCCUGCGGGAGGAUUGGACCCUGCCGGUGGACUUGGGGCCCCUUCCUGCCCCCGCCUCCCUGCACGCCGCGGGGGAGCCCCCGAGCCCGCCCCUAGGGGAGAGCAGUUCAUUCCACGAGACCCAAGUUGCCCAUUGGCUGCUGCCCGCCCUCCAACCCGCCCGCGAGCCUGUCCUGGAGCAGAAAGUGCCUUUAUCUCAGCCGUCCACGCGAGCCACCAGCUCUCCCCAGCUGUCCCCUUGGGCGGGGAACUGGGACAAGGUGGAGAGAUGGAGAUGUGUCUUCAUCUCCCGUUGUGUCCCGCCCCCUUCCCCACCCCACCCCUUGCCAUCCCCCCCAACCACCCCACUGGAAUUUGAUUGA